AACAAGGUGUCACUGUCCUCCAGACACUGCCAACAAGGUGUCACUGUCCUCCAGACACUGCCAGCAGCAACAACAAGGUGUCACUGUCCUCCGGGCACUGCCAACAAGGUGUCACUGUCCUCCAGACUGCCAGCAGCAACAAGGUGUCACUGUCCUCCAGACACUGCCAGCAGCAACAAGGGUUCACUGUCUUCCAGGCACUGCCAACAAGGUGUCACUGUCCUCCAGACACUGCCAACAAGGUGUCACUGUCCUCCAGGCACUGCCAACAAGGUGUCACUGUCCUCCAGACACUGCCAGCAGCAACAACAAGGUGUCACUGUCCUCCAGGCACUGCCAACAAGGUGUCACUGUCCUCUAGACACUGCCAGCAGCCCAACACUUCUCAUUGUUUACAAUAUUUUACUACACAUUUUGGCGCCAAGCUGGUGUGAUGUCACUGGGUGUAGCUGGGUUAUGAUUGGCUGCUUUUGGCAGGUCAGAGCCAAUCACAACCCAGAAAAACCUGGCUCAGCAGAAAAUGGGAAGUUUCAAAACAGCUGAUGGCGGGGCAAAAAUCAAUGGAGGAGGAAGUGCCGCCUGUUGUCGAGGGUUUUGAGAAGGUUUUUGGCGGUGGAGGCGGCGGAGCUGGCACUGGCGGCGAGGUACUGUGAAUACAAGAAGUGGAUUCUCAUCAUGGCUGCCAAAAUGCCAGAGGCACUAUAUUCUUGUGAAGUGUGCGGGUUGGAUGGACUCACUGAUGAUGACUUACGGUCCCACAUGUUGUUUGCUCAUAUAGAGGGGACAACAUCAUGCCCUUUCUGUGAUCUAGGAGAUAUAAGCCCUGAAGAAAUGGUUCAUCAUGUUAAUUCUGCCCAUUUGGACUAUUUGAGUCCACAAGAUGAAACUUUUGACGAUACUUUAAUUGUGACAAAUGGUUUUGGUGACCACAUUUUAAUUGCUAGCCCAUUAAGAAAAGCACUAGUGAAUAAUAAAGUCUUGGACAAUCAUGUGCCUGUGAUUACUGUAGAAAAUGAUAAUGAUAAUUACAAUGCUAACCUAAGUCCCUCUCAUAGUAAGGGUGGGGAAAACAGUAACCAGGGCUCACCAGAUCGUGCCCAACUGUCACUUAAUCUUAAUCAGCUUGAUAGACGGGACAGAUUAAUGAGUCCUUGUGUGCGUAGUCCCCUGUUAGAUGCCAGGGUAACAUUGUGUCCAAUAUGUGGAAUGAAGGAACCUUCGCCAGCCAAAUUGGAAGAGCACGUCAAUCGAGCACAUUUUGACUUGAUGUCUCCUUCGUUCCCAGCUGUUACUCCUCAAGAAGAAGUCAUCUUUACUUGCCCUGUAUGCAUGAAACAGUUUGAAUGUAGUCCAGAUCUUGAGCUACAUGUCAACAUUGAGCAUAAAGACAUCCUGAGUCCUGCAAAGUCUGAUGUUGUAACUCCUGUGGAAAGUGAAGAUAGUGAUAUUGGUGUUUGUCCAGUGUGUAGUCGAGCUGGGUUUGGUUCACAUAACGACCUUGCUGCUCAUAUUGAUACCCACUUCUCACGUAAAUCAUCCAUUGUAACCCCAGAUGAUGGAGGAUGGGAAAGACGUCUUGUUACAGACUUAGAGAAACAAGAAAAAGAAGUUCAACGCAUGAGGGAACAACAAGAGUUUUCUCUACUUAGGGCUCAGUAUGGCAUGGAUAAUGAAGGCAACUUCUCACAACAGUCUCUGAGCAACAUGCAGAGAGCAGUUUAUGCAGGGGAAAUGACAGUAGCAGAUUAUUAUGAGAGACAGAUAGAGUUAAAAGUUGCUGAAAAGAAUGGUGUUGAUGAUGGACACUCAUGUACAAAAGGUCUCCUGGGGCCUAUUAGAGCAGUCAGCGAAGGUGGCAUCGUCAAAGGAACAUAUCUUUGUACCACGGUUGAUCAUUAUGGCUCCACGUAUGGUGACCGUGGUUGGGGCUGUGGUUAUAGAAAUAUACAGAUGCUGUUAAGUUCUCUUCAGCAUCAUACAGGCUACUAUGCUCGACUCUUUUCUGGACCAAACUUGAUGCCUUCUAUCUCUCAGAUUCAGAAAUUAAUUGAGCAAGCAUGGAGAAAUGGCUUUGAUCUACAAGGAUGUGAGCAAUUAGGUGGCAAGUUAUCUAACACAAGGAAAUGGAUUGGAGCAACUGAGGUUGUAACAUUACUCUCGUCUUUCAGAAUCAGGUGUCAAUUGAUUGACUGCCAUCGACCAACAGGAGCAGAUGGGACCCACCCAGAGUUGUUCCGAUGGUGCCUUGAGUAUUUUUCCAAGCCUGCAGAGUUCAAGCCUCCCAUAUAUCUCCAGCAUCAGGGCCACAGUCGAACUGUCAUUGGUGUGGAGCAGCUUGGUGGCAAUGAAGGAGGGAUCCGGCUGCUGGUAUUAGACCCGUCCCAUGCUCCAACACAAGUAGCCCAGCUGCUACACACACACACAGCACCUGCUGCUAUGAGACUACUGCGAAAGCCACUUUCCAGCAUGCGUGCCAAGCAGUACCAAAUGGUUGUGGUGGUUGGCCUCAUCGAAACUGAGCAGGAGUAUCAGCAAAGCAAGAUUCUUCAGGCAUCAACCAGGAUUCCAAAGGAUUGAACUUAGUAUGAAUCAUAAUGAGAAUUACUGUUCUUGAAAAAAAUUAACAUCUAGUUUAUAUAGAUUGAGCUGAUAGAAACUGCCUAGUUAUAUGUAUGUGCAUGUGUGUGUAUAUACAUACAUAUAUACAGUACAUUCAUAAAAAUAUGCAAGGAAUAUCACAAAAAAACAAGUGAUAAUGGAUAAGUAACACAACCACAGGGGUGAUGGAUAAGAAGAUUCUUAUCCAUCACACUUUUAUGUGUGUUGCUUAUAUACACAGGUACAUACAUUAGACAUACAUACACACAUACAUAUAAAUAUACAGGUAUACAUACAUAUCUGAACAAAGAGUAAUUCCAGGCCCUUUAUACAACACACUGUUAGGCACAUCUUGGAAUAUGCAGCACCAGGAUAGAACCCACCCUUGAAAAGGUAUGUUAAAAAAACUGGAGAAAGUGCAAAGUUAUGCACUGAGUCUUAUUCUAAAGUUAAUAAUAAUAAUAUCUUUAUUUACUACAAGUACAUGUACAUGGUAUACAUCCUAGCUGACAUCAAUGACAUAUUUCUGUAUAGAAAGUCACUUAUUAUGCAGAGCAUUUCGGGCAAAUUAGGUCAGUUUUGUCCCAGGAUGCGAUCCACACCAGUCGACUAACUCCCAGGUACCCAUUUUACUGAUGGGUGAACAUAGACAACUGGUGUAAAGAAACACGCCCAAUGUUUCUACCCUGCUGGGAAUCAAACCCAGACGCUCGCCAUGUGAAGCGAGCUUUAGCCACCAGGCCACGGGGCCUGGUGGCUAAGGGGUAUUAGCUAAGAGGAAAGGCUAAUGUAAUUGAAUUUAAUGACAGUAGAGGACAGAAGAACCAGAAAGACGCGAUAAUGACAUAGAAAAUACUCGGGAAUUGAUUGGGUAGAUAGGGAGGAUGGGGAUAGGUUGUUUGAGAGUCGAGAAACAGGUACUCGGGGACACAGCUGGAAGCUAAAGACACAGAUGAGCCAUAGGGAUGGUAGGAAGUAUGUCUUCAGUCUCAGAGCAGUCAAGACAGGCUCCCUACAUAGUUUUAAAAGCAGGCACAACAGAGCCUAUGAGGCAAGGAGAAAGUGAAUCUGGCAAGCAGUAAGUUGAGGGUUGGGGUCAGGAGUUGAGUCUUGACCUCAGCAAAUGCACAUAGGUAAGUAAAUACAUACAUACAUACAUACAUACAUAAAAUUUUCUGAAAGAACAGGCCCACUGCCGAUUAUAGGUUAGAUGUGAUAAAUUUCCCUCUUCAGUUUUUAUAUGAUAUACUGUCUGUUAGCUUGGAUUGUUAAAAUAAUAUGUAAGUGAAUCAGUGGCAAGGUAGUAGUCUCUAAACUCGUUCUCUUCACACCAUAUCCUUACCUGAAGGACACUGAUAGCUGGUUGCCUUCUACAUGCUACACUGUUGGAAUUAACAAAUUUUAUACUAUUUCUGAAGUUAAUGGAUAAAUUAGUGCUAUUGUAAUAUAACUGCUAUUAUUAAACAUGUAAAUUAUACAAAGCAAUAUGUAUCAUGGAAAGAUGUUUUAUAAUUAUGUAUUGUUUCAUUGAUGAGUGUAACAGAUAUAGAACAAAGUGUGUGAGAGGAGUAGGUGCAUUUUGUAUCUAUGCUCUUGAAUUGUGUCAGUAGAUUAUAUUCUUUGAUUUUACCACGUCCCUCCUGAAUCAUGUAAAAAUUAUGUGGAAUAUUAUUUUCUGUGUAAAUACUGUAUAUUAUUAAAUACUUUUUUAAAUUAUUAAUAAUGGUAAUAUUGGAGGGCUAGGGCACAGAUAAGGACUAGUUUCUUAAUGCACUUUUUAUUAUAUAUAUAUUUAAUCUUUUUGAGUGCACUGUUUUUUUACUAUUCUUUCUUUUAACAUUGAUCUAUGUUGAUCUUUUCAGCUAGCAAGAAUCUAACGGUAUAUGCUAAAUGCACUUUCUAAAACAUGCUUUAUUAUUAAGUUCAAAUUAUACCUGAUGGAGUCCUUAUUGAUGUAAUACCAUAUUUCUUUCUUUGUUAGAUCAUUAAUAGAAAUUUGUGUGAUGAGUGAGAAAGAAGUGGGUCAUCUGAUGUAGGGUAUAGUGUGGGUAAUAAGACAUCUUGCAGCCAAACACAUGUAUGUAGGGUAUAGUGUGGGUAAUAAGACAUCUUGCAGCCAAACACAUGUAUGUAGGGUAUAGUGUGGGUAAUAAGCAAGACAUCUUGCAGCCAAACUCAUGUAUGUAGGGACCAAAUUAUAGCCAACUAAAGUAUAUAGAACAUAAUGGUAUUUGUUCUUUAAUUAACAUGUAGAUGUUUGGUUAAUAGAACAUUUUGUUAGUUGUCAGUUAACACAAGUAAUGAGAUGUUAUCGAAUAAAAAAUUACCACAUCUACUAUGAUUUGGGUAGUUAGAGAAGUUAUUAAUGAGGAUGUUUACACAAACAUUUUUAGCUUUUCUUCCUCAUUGAUUUUAUUUGAUAAUAAUAUCUAUCUGUGGAGUGAAAAAAUGACGAGUUCUAAAUAAAAAUUCAUGCACUUAAAACAUUCUGAAAAAUACUUUAUCAAUACAAAAGCACAUGAGUUAGAUGAUUGUAAUUGAAGUUUAAUCCUUUCACAAAUUUGGUUUUAUUUUAUGAUGUGCACCUAGGAUGGAUUAUAUUUUUUAAAAGUUUAAAAAAAAGAUGAUGAUAUAAGUUAAUUUAUUAACCUAAAGAACUAUAGGAUAGAAAACAUGAAUAACAUGGUCAUAUACAGGUUACACCUAGAGAAAACAUGUAAAUAGUCUUGUAGACAAAUGCAGAAAUAAGUAAAUUGGGAGGUGUCAUAGUUGCUGUUUGAGGAUAACUUGGUGCAAAAGGUUGGUUAAGGUAUUUUGAAGAGUACAAAAGAAAGAUAUUGAAAGUGAAUGCAGAAAAGAGCAAGAAGGUAAGAAUAAGUAUAAGAAUAGGGGAUAUACUUAUUUCAAUCCUAGAGAGCGGGUGUUUCCUUAGGUCUCUGAAGGAUGGCUAAAAUAACAAAUAGACGAGGGAAAGUUGUAAGCAUUGAGAAAUAUAUGGGAAGAAAAAGCAGCUGAUUUUAAGACAAAAAAUCCAUUCUCAGAGACUUCCUUCAGGACUCACUGUGACAUUGAUGACUAUUAGUCUUCAAGUUUAGAGUAUGCUGAUGGCUUUCCCUCUCACAUUUUCCAAGACAUUUUGUUCAAUCUGUUAAUAUAUUUACUGCUUAUCCCAGACAAUUUUUUGGCUUAUGAAUCCAAUUUCUUCCUUAUCUCAGAAUUUUUAUAUGAAUACCUCUCCUUAUCCUUCAGUUCACUUGCAAUUUUGUCAGAAACAACAUCUUCUCUUACCAGGUUUACAGCAGCAUAGUUUGUCUCAUAACUUCUGGAGAAAUAAUAGAUGGGCCUUGGUCUUGCCAAAGUUGCAUUAUGAAUGCCAUAUGUACUUUUCAGUCUUCAUAGCAUUUCCCUCCAACAUGGAUACCAUCAAUAACCUGGGUUAAUGUUAUGUACAGGGACUUUUAAAUCUCCCUCUUGAGAGCCUUAAUGUGGAGUGUUAAUAUCUCCACUUCAUGAGAGUGCCUUGAUAACCACUUUCUUCACUAUUAGAAGGUGGUUUAAACAUUUAGAGAGGAUGGAGAAAAAUGGGGUGACUAGGAGGGCAUAUAAAUCAGGGAAGGAGGGUUAGGUGUUGUCUUAGGAAAGGUUAGAAAGAGGGGGUGCAGGUGGUUUUAAGGACUAGGGGCUUGGACAUCUAAUAGGUGUGUGAGCAUGUUAGAUAAGAGUGAGUGGAAGCAAGUGUAUUUUUUAUGAUUUGAUGUGCUGUUGGGGUGUGAACAAGGUAAAAUUUAUGAAGGGAUUCAGGGAAACUGGUUAGCUGGACAUGAGUCCUGGAAGUAGGAAGUAUAAUGCCUGCUUUCUGUAGGAGGGGUGGGGAUGCUGUGGUUUGGAGGGUCAUGUGAAUUGUGACGUUGGCUCCUUUCUGGCAAGACUGAUUGAAUGCUUGACAGCGAAAGUGCUCUUUUCUAUGCCAGGUCACCUACCUCGGUGGAAAACAGCAUGAGUGUUAAAAAAAUUAUAAACAGAUGUUAGAAAUUUAAUAUUUUUGGGUCCAUCCCUCCUUAAUACAGCCUUCUGGACUACCUUUCUGUUUCCCAUUUUGAUAUUGUACCUCCCACUGGAAAAUAAUAAGGCUAGAUAUUUGCCCUUUCCUCCUUUCUCAAAAUAUUUUCUUUAAUACCUGUGUGUCCUCUCUUGAGCCCUGUCAGUCACCCUCAGAUGCAUUUGCUGUGUACACUGAUGGUUUAAAGUUCUCCACGGGUCUGCUGCAUAGCCGUUUUUUUAGGGGCACUUGCUGCAGUCUGCUAGUAUUUUUCCUGCUGGGCUAUAUGUCCAUAUAGUCAACAUCCAGAUUACAGUACCUUGAUACCUGCCUAAGCAUUUAUAGCUGUUUCUGAUUUUCAUAGUGAAUAGCAAGUGAUGUAGUCUUGAUUCUUCCCCUCUGCUUGUGAUUUUCAUUCACAGUAAGUUUUAUUACCUUCUUGGUAGACACAAACAGUUGUCUUUUACUGGAUUCCUAAUCAUUCCUGUUUCAAACAACUGAAGCUGCAAAAUCUUCUGCAAUCUCAGCAGCUCAGAAACUUCUGAUUUUACACAGGCAGCUGCCUGUUGUAGAAUAUUACAGCACAGGUAUCUUGUUUGUAACCACUUCUUGUAUGUUUCCUGGCAAUGACAUUGGUCUACACUGAUGAACAAGAACCUGUUUUCCCUAAAGCCAUACCAAUUCUUUAGUUUUCCUUAUAGCAUGGUUGGCUCUUAAACCUUUCAGGGUCAGAACCCCUGAUCUGAAACUUGCUCUAAGGGUCAGAGAACUUAAAGAAAAAAAAAAUCUUGUGAAAUGAUAAAGAAUCUUUUUCUGAAGGUAAGGAAACCAAAAGUAUGAAACUUGAUGGAAAAUUUAGGGAAUUACACCCUCAAAGUUAGCAGUCUUGGCGAUAUUUAUGCAUUAGCAGUUUCGCCCACUUUGAGCCCUAUUUUCAGCCAAUGCCUUUGUUCCAGUCGACCAAACUCAUAGCUAUCUUGCUAGUAUUCCUUCUGUUCUAAUGAUUUAGUACAAACAACUGCCCACUUACCUAUUUCAACUAUUUAAUAAAGUGAUCAGAAAUUGGUAAUUUGGCCAGUUGCACAUGAAAUUAAAAAAAAUUGCCAAAUUUAAAAGUAGGGUCCGGAAUAAACAUCAUAAACAUUCCUGGCACUCAAACAACAUUUCCUCAGUUCAUUAGUUACAUCCCCAGGCCUCUCCUAUAUUUCACUUCCUUUCUAUUUUUAAUUUUUAUUCACACAAAAAAGAAAUUUACUGUUAUGCAGACUACUGGAUUAUUGUAAUACAGUAUUUGUAUAAAUAAUGUCAGCGCAUAUGUGAACACACAUUAGACUGCCCAGUUGGACACGUAUUAGACAAGUGACGCAAUUUGCGUACUCUGGAAUAUCGGCAAAAAUCACAUUUCCGCUACUUUGAGAUCAAUUUCAAGCAAAUUUCAGUCCUAAAACCAAUCAGAAUCAUAUACAUUUCUGUAAUAUGCCAUACUAUCAAAUGAGACACCGAAACCAAGAAUCCAACCAUAAAAAUCGUACGAAAAUACACCACAAAGUUGCUGUUUUAAACCAAAAACUCGGUCGCAGUUUUUUCCCAUUAUACACUGCAUGCUGCAGGAUUUUUUUGUGUGUAUAUGGCACACCAUUACUGCAUAGACUCAUUUUCUUAUAUCUAGGCCCAAAUUUACUGCUCGCAUCUUAUCUGAGAGUGCUGAACUCAUCACGUAGAACAAUGGGACUGACCUGGGCUUCAAAGCUUUAGUACUAAGGGGACCCACCCCGAACAAAUCAAGGGAGUCUUCUCUCAUGACUAUGGUCGUUUCAUAGUUAAGCACCUAGUUUUUCUAUGCAUGUCCCUCACUUGAAGUUUCUUGAUACUACUGAGGGGCUCUCAGUCAAAGGAAUUGGACCUGAUCUCCCCUUACUUGCAUGGAACCUGAUUAUCUCACAUCUUUCCCAGGUGCUCUAUGACCCUGUGGAUUUAGCACUACCCCAAUGAGCAUAAUAAUUCCAGUCCGAGGCUUACCCUUCAUUGUCACCGUAGAGCACAUCUUGUUAUAUUGUUCUAUGUAUCGUAGAAUCUGUCUUUUUAUCUUGUUUUUCUGUGGCCUGCUGUACUCGCUUAUCUGCAUAACCCUAUGGGUUUAGUGCUCCCCCUUGAUUAUAAUAAUAAUAUACUACUCAUUUUUCUGACAUUUUUAAUUUGUCUGCCCUCCUCCAUCUUUUAUGCAGACCUAUUUUUGAGCUCUUUCUACUUUGUUAUGUCAGAUGAGAUGCUCAAUGUCCUUUCUUCAACACUACUACCUUGUUUCCUCUACUAUCUCUUAUCACCUCUGUUGUGUAGUACUGAAUAUCCCAUAUGGGUUUAGCAGUUUCCAGGAACAUUUUUUUUAUUUAUUUACCAUAGUCAAAUUUCUUAUGACUUCUUAAAAUUUUAUCAUUUCUGUUCAGUCCUGCCUUGCCCUCUUAAAGUUAAUUGUUGCUUAAAUCUUGUAUCUGUCACACUUUUCAUGUUUGUGUGAUAUGUGUUAUCUGUUCCCAACCCAUCCUUCUAAAUUCUAAGAUCAUUUCUCAUAUGCUAAUUUUAUCAUUUUUUUUAUUUAUGUUAUUUUGGUUAGGUAUGUUUGGUUUGGUUAGAUUAGGUCAGACUGUCUAAUAAAAAUUUAAAAAUAUUACAUACCACUAUGCUAGUAAAUAGAAUAUUACAUAGAGGUGAUAAAAAAAUUUGAAAUGCAAAUAUGUAGAGAUUUGAGAUCCACUGAAUGCAGUACAAUACAUGGUCAGAUAAUUGAUUAUUUAAGGCUGAAGAAGAGUUGCCCAUCCGACUGUCUUAGCCAUGGUGAAAUACUGACUUAUAGAAAGAGUUUCUGUUGUGCACCAAAUAAAGUACACUGAAGAAGAAACUUGUCAGUCUUAGGGUGGGUACACUUAGUGGUUGUGUAUAAAAGCAGCAGACCUGGUGAAGGGAUAAAUUAAGAAAGGUACUUCCAGCAUCAGAACUGAAGUAUGAUUUUUUUUUUUUUUAUCAAACUUGCCGUGUUCCACCGAGGCAGGGUGACCUAAAUUUAAUAAUUCUGAAUACCUUCCUUUCCUGAACCUCUUCAUAUUUAUUAAAGGGUUUAGGGAACUAGUUGGCACUUGAGAGUGAGAAUUACAGAGCCUGCACUCUCAAAGACAAGUGGGGAUGUUGUAGUUCAGAGGAUUAUUUGAAUUGUGAUGUAUCUGCACUUCCAGUAAGACAGGUAAUGAGUGAAUAAUAAGGAAUGUUUCCCAUUUCUUUUUUGGGGUCAACUUACCUUGGUGGGAACAACCAAUGGCUAUAAAGAAAAAAAUUGUGAUACACAGAUCUAAGCAGAAAGGAAAAUCAUGCCAUUAACUGAUGGUUUUAAUACCAAUUAGGGUUAAUUUAUAUCUGUAAAAGUUACAAAUUUGUGUUAAACCAUAAGUGAUGUAAAGAAUAUUUGUCUGUCUUUUGUGCUUUAUCUGUUUAUUUGGCACAACUAUUUCAUUAUCAAUAAAAUAGGAGGUAAUUGAACUUGACAUACUGUAAUUACAUAUAAAUACAGUAUUGUACCUUACAGGAUGCAAUGGUAUCUGAUGGUCUUAUCUUUCCUGUGAAUUCAGUCAGGUUCUUCAGCACUUACCCUUUCAAGGGUGUGUCUUGAUGUUGGUGAAAAGCUCUUAAUCCAAGGAAUCAGCACUAUUUUUCCCUUCCUUGGAUUAAACCUGAUUAUUCCUAUGAACCAGGUCUUGUAUGACCUUUACAAGUUUAGUGCUUCCAUUGAUUAUUAUAAUGCCACUACCACCUGUAACCCAUACCAUCACUUUCAUCUCUGUCAUGCACUGCUGAAUAACCCUUAAGGGUUUAAUGCUCUUCAUGAAUAUUUCUACAGAAUAGUAUAGUAUUUGUAUAAUAAAUUUGAACUUGAUGACAAAUAGGAAAUUGAAACUACAAUAAAUGAGGGUAAGGCAGAAAUUUUGAUGAUUAGGCGAAUGCAGAUUGGAGAUUUUGGUGCCUUCAGUUGUGGUACUGUCAGUUUGUAGUCUGUCUAAUCACUAAAGAACCUGAGUGUCUACCUAAAUUCUUCAUUGGCAUUUGUUUGAUUUAGAAAAGGCAUUUGAUAGGGUGGAUAGGGGAGCAAUGUGGCAGAUGUUGCAAGUGUAUGGAAUACGAAUAGGUGGUAGGUUGCUGGUAGCAGUUAAGAGUUUUUAUGAAGGUAGUGAGGCUCAGGUUAGGGUAUGUAGGAGGAAGAUUAUUUUUCAGUAAAGGUAGGCUUUACACAGGGAUGCGUGAUGUCACCAUGGUUGUUAAACAUAUUUAUAGAUGGGGGAUGUGAUUGUAAAAGAAAUGAGUGUUGGGGAAGUGUGGGAUUAAAAUGUGCAAAAUCUAAUACAAAAUGGGAGUUGUCACAGUUGUUUUAUGCUGAUGACAUUGUGCUUUUGGGAGAUUCUGAAGAGAAGGUGCAAAGGUUGGUAGACGAAUUUGGGAGGGUAUGUACAAGAAGGAAAUUAAAAGUGAGAGGUAAGAAAUGAUUUAGGUAUUGAAAGAUUUAAUAUCAUAUUGGAAGGAGGGAGUAUGGAGGAAGUGAAUGUGUUCAGAUAUUUGAGAGUGAUUUGUUGGCAAAUGGGUUGAUGAAAGAUGAGGUGAACCAUAGAACUGAUAAGGGAAAAGAGGUGGGUGGUGUGUUGAGUUAUCUGUGGAGACAAAGAACAGUAUCUAUGGUGGCAAUAUGGGGAAUGUAUGAGAGUAUAACGGUACCAACAGUCUUAUAUGGGUGUGAAGCAUGGGUUGUGAAUGUUGCAGCAAAGAGGAGGCUGGGGGAAGUGUUGAUGUCGUGUCUGAGGAUAAUGUGUGGUGUCAAUAUCAUGCAGAGAAUUUGUAGUCUAUAGAGUAGGAGGAGGUGUGGAGUUACUAAAAAUAUUAUCCAGAGGGCUAAGGAGGGUUUGUUGAUGUGGUUUAGACAUUCAGAGAGGAUGGAGAAAAAUAGGAUGACUUGGAGGGUGUAUAAAUCUGUUGUGGAGGGAAGGCAAGGUAGGGGUCACCCUAGGAAAGGUUGGAGAGAGGGGGUACAAAAGAUUUUGUACUGUACAAGGAGCUUGGCCACCCAGCUGGCCUGUGUGAGCAUGUUAGAUAGGAGUGAGUGAAGGCAAGUGGGUUUGGGGACUUGACGAGCUGUUGGAGUGUGAGUAAGGUAACAUUUUGUGAAGGGAUUCAAGAAAACCAGUUAGUCAGAUUUGAGCCCUGGAGGUGGGAAGUACAGUGCUUACACUCUGAAGGAGGGAUGGGGAUAUUUGCAAUUUAGAGGAGCAUCUGAACUAUUGCAUCGGCACACCUCUGGUAGACAGUGAUAGAGUGAAUGAUGGUGAAAGUGUUUCUUCUUUUGGGUCAUCCUACCUUGGUGAGAGACGGUUGGUGUGUUUAAAAACAAAAAUUAACCAUAUUGUUAAAUUUUGAAAUUUUCAUGAUUGUAAUCUCUAUGAAGUCAGUAAAUAUCUUGAUGGGCAGAGUAUCUUGGUCCUUAUCCAUGCGUUUGUUUCCUCUCUAAUUGAUUUUUGCAACUGUUUAUGGGUUUGCCUAAUUACUUGUAUAAAAGAUUCUAGUGUGUAUGGAAUUGUGCAACUAGACUGGAAUUUUUGCUCCCUCUAGUCCCUACUUGUAUGACCUGCAUUGGUUUCCUAUUAAGGCAGAGUAAACUCUGCGUAUUAACAUUUAAAACUGUUAGUUAUACACAAAUGACCCGCAUAUAGGAGAGAGAAAAGGUUAUGAUGACAUUUUGGUCUGACUUGGACCAUUCACAAGUCACACUGACAGAAAAGAAUGACUGUGCCAGUAUAUAUAAGUGAGGAGGACAGGGGCUUCUUUUUCUUCCUCUUUCUCUCAUCCCUGUCCCCCUCACCUAUAUAUACUGGCCCACUCAUUCUCUUCUAUUAGUGUGACUUGUGAAUGGUUCAAGUCAGACCGAAACAUCAUCAAAAGCUUUUCUCUCUUCUAUGUACGGGUUAUGUGUUUUGUUCUAGUCACGGUAUUGUGCCUUUUUCUUUAUGAAACCAAUUAUUUUGCAGAUAUCCUUGUAUAUUUUACACCAGGCUUGGGAAUGUUUCUUUUGAGUUGCUGCAAACCCUUUUAGACUGAUUAAGCCUUGUACUGUUGGGGAGAAAUCAUUCACAGAGAGAGCCUUUCCUUAUAUACGUAGCUCCUAGAUUGUUCAACAGGUUGUCAUUGUCUGUUAAGAGUCAGGAAUCUGCUCAUGCUCUUAAGUCUCAGUUGAAAGCACAUCUCUUUUCUAGAAUUAUGAUCCUGAUGAUCAUUUUAUCACUCUUGAAUAUAAACUUUAUUAUUUCUUCUAGAUAAUGUUCUUGCAUAUAUGGUUUGGUGUGUGAGUGAGUGUGAAUUUCUUGAAUGUGCUCAUUAAUUAUAAAAUUCCAAGUUUUAAUUUCAGUUUUAUAUUAUUUAUUAUUAUUAUUAUUAUUAUUAUUAUUAUUAUUAUUAUUAUUAUUAUGUAAUACAGUACUGGACAUCAUUCUGUUUAUAUUCUGCAUCUAAAUUUCCAAAUUUUUCAAGUCCUUGAUCAGGAUUUUAUAAGGAGGUACUGGAAUUCUAAAAGUUUUCUCUGAUGAUUGGGUAUGAUAAUUCCAGUUAUGUUGGUUAUCAUAUUUGUACUAUAUCAAGUUUAGUACUGUACCUUCAUCACUAUUGGUUUAUGACCAAGUCUUGUAUUAUUUACGUUUUCACAUCUCCAGUAUUAUUUAUAUUCAAAUUAAGUUAAUAACACAGGUCAGGAUUAAUAAAUGUGCAGAGGAUCUCCAGAGUGUAAUAUACAACAUUUAAAGAUAUCAGUCCAGUGGUUAAUUUUAUUUUCGAUUUAUCUUUGAUAUGGGGAUAACUUACACUUCUAACUUCCUUCAAGAAGAAAAGUGUGCCUUGAUGCUGGUAAAGGAUUCUUGAUCCAAGGAAUUGGAACUACCCUUUCAGACCAAACCUGAAUGCUUCCCAGUCCAUAGGUGCUGGAUGACAUUAUGGGUUUAGCACUCCACAUAAUAUGUAAUAAUAAUAAUAACAAUAAUAAUAAUAUACAGUAAUGCAUCCUAAUAAUAGACAGUUAACUAGUAUAUUCACAUUACACUUCUCCUCAUGAUUGUUUAUAUGGUAGUAAGCCAUUUGUUUAAGUUCAUACAAAUAAGACAUAAUAUACUAUAACACAUAUAUGAUUUGUUAGGUAAAAUGUCACAUUAGUUGCACUUGUGUUCUUUUAUCUAACAUAUUGUUGGUAAUUCUACCAACAUUAUUACACAUAUAUGAUUGGCUGCCAUGACAGGUAUGGAAGUAGCAGCAUGUGAUCACAUGUGUGAUAUAUUCUUAUUUUUUGCAAGUGUUCUCUUACUGGUGCUUAGUGAAAGGUUUGUAUUUUGUGAUGUAUUUUAACAAAUUGUUACAUUCAAAGUUCAGUACUGGAUUCUGGUUAAUAUUUGGUGAUACAAUAGAAACUAAAUACAUAGCAUAAUUUCUCAUGUUAUAGUAAUAGAGAAAUUACAUCAAGUAGAUUUUUGCGAUUGUAACAGUGAUAUUUUGUAGUUUAUGAAGAAACAAUAGUUAAAUAAUCCCAUGGAAAUGAUAUUGUCCAGUGGAAGGCCAGUUAUGUACUAGAAUCCCAUUACGAACUUCCCAGUGUUUGAUACUUAGACUAAGGCAUGAAGCCUUCAGUGAUCCAUCCAAAUAAAUUUAUACAUGUAACAAUAGUUAGUAAGGCGCUGAUACCAAUACCCAUUAAAAUAAGGUCAUUUUUACUGUGAUUAUGGAAAUACAGUAAUUUAUUAUUGUUGAUAACACCACAGGUGUCCUUUGCUUUAUGCAUUAAACAAGUUUCAGGUCUAAGGCACCUGUAUUAAGACUCAGGUCAUCAACACUUAAAUUCACAUAAUAAAAAUAUUUAAUAUGUUGUGUGAACUGCGCUGAUGGCACACAACAAAUGCAUGCUGUAUUGCACUUACAGAAUUAUAAACAGAAAUUGAACACUCAAUGGCAAUGAGUUCUUAAGAAGCAAACUUUCAUAAAGCUUGGGAAACCUGUAUGUGUACUGUAUGUACAGUAGUAAAACUUUGUGGAGGAAAGUAAAACAGUUGUAAGAUUUUGCCACUAAUUGUUUAGCAGUUAAUAUUCUGUUGUGUUUCUUGGUUUCUUGUGUAUUAAUGUUUCUGAAUUUCUACCAAAAGAAAUUACAAUACUGUUAGUUACAAAAAAUUUAAUCACUAUUCAGAGAAGAAAAUUCCAUGUUAGCUCAAACUAUUCUGUCUGUUUUAAUAAUUGUUAAAGCAUUGCAAUGUAAUGCAGAGUAAGAUAGCAAUCAGUUCUAUUAGACAUACCAGUCAUUUGCCUUGUGAAGAAUACUAGUCUUGCUGGAGUGUCAGGUUUUGCACAUAUAAGGCAGAACAACACCAUGUUUGCAACAGUAUUUCUGUAACCUGCCAUACAAUUUUGAUGAAACUGGUCUCAUUUUUAAGGAAAUUUAGUGAGCUUUAAUGUGGUAUGGCAAGUUCAUUAGUUUUGUUGAGAGCUAAAUAACUGAUUUGGGCAUGACCACAUGGUCAAACAUCACUUUAUUCUUGAUGGGGAAAAGGUGACAAACUUGCCAAUUUAAAAGAUGUAUAUAAUACUUGAAAGAAUGAAGAGCAUUUUGGUAUAGAAAAUGUAACUUUCACUCAUUGGCGAGCUCGUUGAUUUUCUUCUCAGUGUCUCGUAUAUAGUACGUAUGUAUGUGUAUGUAUACAGUAAUGUAUGUAUAUACUGUGUGUAUAGAUAUACAGUAAAAGAUGUCUUCAUCUUAAAUUUCAUGUGUUUACCUGUUGUACAAUUACAUGUAUAUUUUUUUCCUAGUGGCAUUUAACCCUUUGUACAUACAUAUACUGUACAGGUAUCACUUACUGUACUAUUUUUGUUUGGCUGUGACUGGCUUCAAGAGUUUUUUCCUACCCCUGCAAACAAGUCAUAAUUUUAUGUAUCAAGGAUGUGCUUUUGAGCAUAGCAUGAUUAUACAUUGCUUUAACAGUAUGCCUGAUGAGAACAAAUGUAUUUACUGUACAGUACUUGUGUACAUAUGUGGUACAUGCCACAUAGCCCAAGCUUGCUGAUUUGGCAUAUUUGGCAAGGAUAGUUUUUUACUAAACAAGCCUGACACAAUUUUGUUUUGCUGUAACUUUAAAAACAACUUCAAGGAUCACAAAAAUUGCUUGAUGGGGAAGGAAAGAAUGUACCACUGGACACAAAUGUGCUAUCGCCCAUGGCCUUCCUGGGUGAUGCCAUGAGCCGAACUACAUGCUGGGCAGCCUAGGAAAAAACAGCCAAAUCAACUGAUAAGCUCCUGAAAUAGUAUGAGGACAAUCAUAAUGCCCCUAUGUGGAUAAAAUGUUAUCAUGAAAAUAGAAGCUUACUCUGCAGUUAAUGCUUUCUUACUUUAUUUAUCAGCACUCCUGUCAUUCUGAUGCAGCUGAGAUGUAAAGCCUUGAAGAAUCCUAAUGCUUUUGCUUCUUAGGCCUUUGAGAAUUUGGUUUAACUAGUGACUUCACUUUGAACUGGAGGCCACAGUUGGUGGCAGAGGUUGCAUUGUCAACUUUUUCUCUUAUCCAUUUGGCAAUAUAUUUAGUAGACAUUCUUUUAACCUUUCAGGACAAAAUAUAGGCCUUCUUUUGGAAAUUGGUGGUUGGAGCAGGUUUAAUUAUUUAUAUAGAGUGAGGAAUAUGAAAUAUGUAUAACCACUUUUGCAAACUUCCAGCGAGGAACUGAUGAAUUGCACAAAAAACUUCCAAGUUAUUACUCUACACCCUUUAAGGGAGGUUCCUUGGUUCUGGUGAGGGACUCUUGACCCAAGGAACUAAAUUUAUCCUCCUCUUCCUUGGAUCAAACCUGAUGUACAUAUUGAAUACCUCCCAUUCUGCAGGUGCUUUAAGACCCCCUACAGGGUCUUAAAGCUCCUGGUUUAGCACUUCCUCUGAUAAAAAUAAAAUGAAAACUACUUCAGAGGUUCCAGAUGAAAAAUGAAACUAAUCCCAUCUGAGCGCACACAAAUAAUAGAGAACCCAAAAAGGCCUUAUUUCAAGCCAGGAGCAUGAUAUAUAUAUAUGUGUAUAAUGAACAACUUCAAGAAUUGGUAUUGGUAUCAGUUAUAUGUUUUUUCACUUGACUUGUAAUAGAUAUAGUACUGUUAACAGAGUUUUGGAAUGGCCUCAAGUAUGUAUAUAAUUUGCCUCUGUUCUAUAGAUUACAUUUUGCAAGUUGUUCUGUAUAAAUAAUACAUGUUUAUUAAAAUAUAGUACAUAGCUAGUUAUCAACAUUUUUAUAAUACUGUACUUUGUUCUGCUUUCAUAAUUUUUUGUUAAUUCAUUACUAAAAUAUGAUUCAAAGUCAUGAUUUGGCAUCUUUCAAAGCUGAUCACAUCUUGUUGUGCAUAACUCUAAGGAGGAUGGGGGUGCCUUGAUGCCAUAAAGGGCUCUUUAUUCCAGGAAUUGGAGGUACCUUCCCUUCCUUGGGCCAAACCAGAUUAUGGGACCUUCAAUUCCUAGGUACUGUAUGACCCUUACAGGUUUAACAUAUCUGUUGUAUGUAUAUGUAAUUAUAAUAUGCAAUGUUUUCCUUUUUUAGUUAUUGUGUAACAUAAUUUAUAAUAUUAUGAAUUUGGUGUAAAUAACAUAGAAAUAUUAAGUUAGCUGUUAAUCAAAGACAAUGUUUAAUACUUGAGAAAGAGGCCAUUAAUGUCAAUGCUACUUUGCAUAUAAUACAUUAUUUCUUCCCAGUGAGAGCAAUGUUUGCAGUGUGUCAGUAGUAGUUAAACAGAUAAAGUUAAGUCAGUACUGUUUACUAAGUGACAUUGUUAUCUUGUAUUACUGUCAUCUUUGGAGAAGUUCUGAAGUUUAGCAGCAUAGUCACAUUUGCAUGCUUAUGAAUGUCAACACAGAUAUAUCAUUAGCAACAGGCAUUAGAUCAAAAUUGUAGUAGUAUGUAUGCAGUUACAGUAUGGUAUCUGCCCCUUAAGCUAAUAGAGAUGAAUUAUGAAGACAUACUCAAAGCUAAAAAAAAAAAAAUGCUAUCUUUGGCAUUACAUGUAUAAAGAUAGACUACAAGCUAUAAAUGCCAUCUUUGGUGAAUAGGAAGAAAACAAGACGUAGUAUGUGCUACAAACAUGUAGCACAUACUACAUCUUGAACGUUCAUGUACCAAUAAUGGUAUAUGAAAAGCUAAACACACAAAGCUGAAGCACCACAAGCUCUUACAACACACUGACAAGUGUUGGAAAAAGAAAAACACUGAAAGGGCAUUACAGAAUAAUAAUAAUAAACCACAAAUUAACAAAAUGCUAAAUAUCAAACUAACUUCAUAUGAGCAAACUUCUGAAGUUUAGCUACUGUACAGCACCUGUAAGUUGCUGCAAUCACACUGGUAAAAAACUGUUGGGCAGAAUGCUUAUUUUUUACAGUAUCUGAAUUUAGAAACCCUUAAAAGGUGGGCUGAUCUAAUACCAGUGAAAGACUUGAUCCAAAGAAUUAGAGCAACCUUCCUUCCUUACCCAUUGAGAGAGAUACCUUUAUGCCAGUGAAGGGUUUGAUUAAAAAUUUUUGCUUAUCCUCCCUGGAAUCAAGCCUGAUUGUCUCCCAUUUCCCUAAAUGUUGUAGACCCCUAUCAGUUCAACACUUAUCCCAUGCAUGUAAUCAUAAUCCCCUUAGAUCAAACCCCUUUACUUUCUAUAUUUCCCAGGUGUACUAUGACCCCUACAGGUUUAGUCUUUCUCCAUGAUUAUACUAAUAGAUAGAUUUAAAAAAAAAAACUUCUUGUAGGAUAUGUUAUGAAAACUAAUCUGGAAACUUGUACAGGGGAAAGCUAUAGUGUGAGAUUUUUUAAGAAAGAAAAAGGCAGCAAAGGGAUAUGAGGAAUAUCUUUGAUGAGAAAUGUUAGCAGUAAUGCUCUAUAAUACUGUAAAUAAUUACUGUAUUAUUAAAUAAAUUAUAUUUUCUGU